UGGAGGUUGGAGGCUGAAGCUUCCCUGCCCUGCAAAGAAUCUGCUGGCAUUUUUGUGCAGUAUGAGCGGGAUGCAGUUCUAUGCAGCAGACCAGCCCUCCUUGACAAAGAAUGCCUUCCAAGCCUGCGAGAUGGAUGUACAGGUAGCAGUUACCAAGAAUGACCCUGUGAGGAGCUUCCGGAAAGCUGUGGUGAUCGUCAUUGCGAUUGAGAAGAUGAGGAAUUCUCCCACGUUGUUCACUGAUGAGGAUCUGAUGGACGUUCUAAGCACAGUCUUAGAACCAGUCAGAUUUGACCACUAUGGAUGCACAGAAGCCACUAAUUCCAUCUAUCAGUUCUCAAACCACAUUGUCUGCAACAUCCAAGAUGCUGAUCAGAAGUCUCUCAUCUUGCAAGAGCCUCCACAGCUGGUGGCCAUGCAUCUUCAGGGCCCCAACAUCAAUUGUGCAGUGAAGUUAAAAAUGUCUGUGUAUCGUCCAAAAGUCGAGGCUGGAACUCAAAAGAUCCCUGUUGCAUUGAACAUCAAGGGCAAGAAACUCUAUCUAUCUUGCGUACUGAAAGGGGGGCAGCCAGUGCUCCAGCUGGAGGAGGCCGACAUCCAGGGGGACCUCGACAAAUCUCAGCUGGGCCGGUUCCUCUUCUACAGAAUUGACACUGAAAAGCACACAAGGUUUGAAUCAGCCGCUUUCCCGAAAUGGUUUAUCUGUACCUCCACGCAGCCUGAGGAGGCAGUUGCCCUGACUCACCAGCCCGGGGGCCCUCUGGUCAUUGUGGAUUACACCCUCUCCAGCUAGUGACCAGAGCCUGCUGGGCUCCGGUUCCAGCCUGCACAGGCAUUUCCGUCUCUUUGCUAUGUAAAGAAGCAGAAGUUUGCAGCCCAAAGGAAAGAGUGGUCAGAGGAUGAUCCAGCCUAAGCUUUAUCGUUGGGGAGGAGGAAGGAGUCUCGGAGUC